AUGUUUUCUUCGAAAAUGUCUAAUGAUAAUGAGAAUAGUGAUGAUGAGUUUGAGCAUGAACUUAAUCAACAAUUUCAAACAGAAAAAAUGAUUCGAUUUUUACGAGAAAAAAUCACGGGUAAAACAUCAUCACGUAUGAUAACAUCACUAACUACAAGAGAUGAUAAUAAUGAUGAACAAGUUCAACUACAACAUCAAACAAUUAUAGACAAUGAUGCUAUUACAUCAUUGAAAAAGACAAAUUCACAGAAUAGUUUAAUCGAUAUAGAUCGAACACGAUUACAUGAUAUAAAUUUAGAUAGAAAUGGACAACAACGUCAGGUUGAAAAGUUUACAUCAAGCAAUCAUCGAAUACGUGUUAAAUAUGAUCCUCAAAUAUUACCUGUUUCUUCUAUCUCCCUUUCAUCAUCAACAUUACCCGUACAAUCUAACACAUCUCCAAUCAAUAUUCCGAAAAAACCUCCAAGGUCUCAAGCAUCGUCGGGUAGUAGUUCAUACGCAUCCGUUAAAGAAAUGGAUCAUGAGUCAUUUAUUAGUAGUAUGCGAAUGCAUCGAGAAUCAGAUGAAUCUCCAUUUAAUACUGUAACACAAACAUGUGAACGAUUAGAAAAUUCAGCAGCACGUGAUAGAAUAUCAUUGAGUACACUCGGUGAACGGGAUGAAAACGAACAGGAUUUAUUUCGAUCAGUUGAGUGUGUUUUAGUAGCAUCUAAACCGUUAGAUAUUUCACGUUAUAAUACAUAUUUAACAACGACAAAACCAAAUACAAAAUCACAAACAUUACCUAAUCGUUCAAAAUUGAUUCAUUCGGAAAAAUCUACAACAGUUCUUUCAUCUACACCAGAAGAGUUGAAUAUUAAUGAUGAGAAACAACGACAACAUCCAUUAUUAUUAUCUUCACGUGAAAGUUUAUCAAAGCAACAGAGCUAUCCUGAAAUUCUGGGAAAAUCAUCCAUUAUUGACAAACAAAGAAAUGAAGAUAUUUCAUCAUCCACCUUGAAAACUCCUUUAAUACCACUCGUUAAUUUGACUGAUAUUGAUAAAGCUCGAGCAAAACUUCGUUUAUCCACUCGUCGUGAUCGUUCAGCUGACAACGUCUUAUUAUUAUCUUCAUCAUCAGCAACACCCUUCACAUCUCUAGUAAAUCCUCAACCGUCACCAGCUAUCCAACGUUCUGUUAGUUUUAAACGUCCAACUAUAGACACUGUUCAAUCCUCUACAUCGAAUCCACCAUCUCUUCUCCAACAGUUAACAGCACAAUCACUCUAUCAUCAAUCACCAGCAACACAUGAACAAUUUUCAACAGCGAAAUUUAUACCUUCUCGUGAAAGUCGGUCUGAUCUGUAUAAAACUGAAGAUGAAAAUACGAAUAAUAAUUUUAAAAAAUCUAGUCCCGCAGAUUUAACGAAUACAAAUGAUGAUAGUCUAAAAACUUUUAUGUCAGUACCACAACCAGUGAUUAAGUCAAAACAAGAUUAUGUUGAACUGGAUUUGGAUAAAGAAUUAAUGAAUAACACUCAAAUUAAUGAAUAUAAAAAUUCUUCUCGUCCGUAUCGUGAUAACAUUCGUCAUCGUAAUGAGCAACAACUGCAGCAGAGUGAACAACCACUGACAAAGGCGACAAUUGUGACAACGACAUUUUCUUCAGCUGCACUACCACCAACACCCAAAGUUCAUCGAUCACCGUCCAUUGAACAUAUAUAUGAUAAUUUAGAUGUAUUUCGUCGUAGUUCAAAAGAUUCAAAUAAACCACUACAAGAGUAUAUUGUUCAACCGCCGUUAGUCAACAAUGAUAAUUUGACGUCACUAUCUUCUGUGCAAAUCCGUGAUCAUGAUCUUGGCAGCAUUCGGCAAAAACGUCCAACAACAAUUCACGUAUCAUCGGAUAAACAACAGAAUGAAUUUGAAAAUGUUUGGAGUAAAUUACAAAAACAACGUUCAAUUAGAAGAGUGACACCAAAACAAGAAGAAAUAACCAAAGAAAAUGGCCAUGAGGAAAAAACAGCACAAAUGAUUUUAAACGAGUUGGAGGCUAAAUAUGAUCGACGUCAAACACCAUCACCUGAACAACAAGUACCGAAAGACGAAGAAGCAUUAUUAGAACCACCGUUAUCAGCAAAAUUAAGUGUAGAAAAAACAAAUUCUAUUGAACAACGAAUAAAUAACCGACGAAAAACAGUUAGUGGAGUACAAGCAAAAUCAGAUAUAUUAACCGCUUCAACAGCAACAAAAAGUAACGAUGUAAUAACAACGAAUGGUCCAUCGUGGAUCGAUAUUGCCAAACAAAAACAAAACAAAUAUAAUUCAACUAAAGAAAAACAGGAUAAUAGUUUUGAUGCACCUUUUCACCAGCAAUCAAUACCCAUCGAUAAUGACCAUAAGAAGAUUGCCAAAAUCGAUGUAAAUGUACCAGAGUUUACUUCGAAUGUGAUAACUCCUGACAAUGUCGUACCUCUCGCUAAUCUUUCACCUCCUCUGCCAAGAAAUAAUACUAAAUCGACAACGCCUACCUCUUUUUCUCCUCGAUCAUCAUCAUACACUCGUCGUUUAUCAACGUAUAGAACGGAUUCCAAGGAUGAAAAUAAUAAACCAUCUUCAACAUUAUCAACAACAACAAAUGCUCAAACUGAUUAUCGUUCAAAUAGAAAAUCAAUGUACGUCGGCGAACCAACACCGGCAAUGUCGAUGCAUGAAAGAAUACAUAUAUUUUUCCUGAUAAUGGCCGAUGCCAGUAUUAGUGGUGAUCCUCAGUUAGCUUCAUUUAUCGAACAAGAAAAUCAAAAACAACGGUUUCAAACUGUUGUACAUACCUUAACCGAACAAUGUUGGGAAUUAUGUACACCAUCUGUUUCCUCUCGGCUUGAUGGUAAAACAGAAACAUGUUUACAAAAUUGUGUUGAACGUUUUAUUGAUUCAUCAAAUUAUAUUAUAAAUAAAUUGGGUCAAGAAGGCGCUGCAGCUCAAGCAAGAAUGGGUAAAAUUUCUAGUGAUGAAUUUUCAUCUCGAGAUUUUUCCAUGGGACAACCCACAUUCGGUGUAAAAUCAGAAUUUAGUAGUCCAAGUGAUUCAACAUCUUCGUUUUCAUAUGAUAGUAACAAUUCUUAUCAAAACUCAUCAACACAGGAUGGACAGAAAAAAAGUAGUUGGAAAUUCUGGUGA